AUGGUUCGACAUAAUAAUCAAUUGGCUCAUAAUUUACCUCAACUUCAAAACUUGAUAAAACGUGAUUCAGAGUCUUAUAAAGAAGAGUUCCUACAACAAUACAGCCAUUACAAAUCAACAUUAGAAGUAUUCCGCCUGACUCCAAAUGAAUUCAACAAAAGUCUUGAUGAAUUGCUUAUGUUUUUAGCGCAGUGUCUAAAGUACAUGCGUGACAGGAUUCUCUGCCGAGACAAAAUAAUAAGUUCGUUAUACUCGCUGAUUGGCGAAGGCGAUCAACCGAUGCCUCAAAGUUUGUUUAUAUACGGUCACUUGUCAACAGGAAAGUCUCUGCUCGUAGAGAGUCUGCUCAAGCAUCUCGCUUACAGACACUCUGUGAUAAAUUGUAUCGAGCAUCCUAGUAGCAAAAGUUUGUUCGAGUACAUUUUGAAUGACAUAAAAAAUUACGGCAAUGAAAAAUCACUUGAUGAUUUUAAAAAUAAUCUCAAGUGUGACAAUCUGAUGACUUUUAUUGAUCAUCUUCAGUCAAUUCAGUCUGAUAGUAACGUCAAUAGUCCAAUUGUUAUAGUACUAGAUAAAAGCGAGCGUUUGCGUGAGAUGGAUUUAAAUUUAUUGCCGGCAUUUUUGCGUCUUAAAGAGCUUACAAAAUUAAAUAUUCUUACAAUAUUAAUUAGUGAUAUUGUUUGGGACAAGUAUUUUAUAAAAACAGGAAUUCCUGAACCUAUAAAAAUAUUUUUUCCUCAAUAUACAUUCGAGGAGGUCGCUGAAAUUUUGUAUCUUUACCGACCAGACGACUUCAGAAGCGAGACAUUUUACAAAAAUUACAUAAACUUAUUCUUGUCUGUAUUUUUCCGUUUCUGUCGGGACAUUAAUGAGCUUCGCUACAUGUCAAUGCUUAAUUUUAAUAAAUACGUCGAGCCGAUAACUCUAGGCCAGUGUAAAGAAAACGACGUAACAACUCUCUGGCGUAAUAUCUCGAGCACACUCAAAGCUAACUUAGAAGUUAUUUAUCUCCGGGUAUCUACGGAUGAUUUUACUGAACGUACUCAACUCUCGCAAGAAAUAGAGUCGACUACUAAGCUAGCUUUGAGUUUCGAGCUGCCGUUCUACGCAAAAUUCAUGCUCAUCGCUGCUUAUUUAGCUUCUUAUAAUCCUCCUAAGGAGGACAAGCGUUUAUUUGUUAAAGCUAGUAAUAAGAAAAAGAAACGUCCUACUAUUAAUAAAAAGAAACGCAUUGCUAUGUUCACCCACACUGGCCCGAGAACUUUUCCUCUUGAUCGGAUGCUUGCUAUUUUUUGCGCUAUUUCUGAGGAAAAAAUAGAUAUUAAUGCUAAUUUACUCGCUCAAAUACCGACUAUGUGUCAGUUAGCACUACUGAGUUUGUUCUUCGAGUUGCUAAGAUGCGAGGACAAAAAUCUCCGAGAAUUUCUCCAAAAUCACAUAAUAUCAGACAUAAAAAACCUAAAUAGCAAGCACAAAAACUCAAAAGUAAACACUGUUUUGCAGAACUUCAUGUUCAAUGCAUUAAAAGAUUCAAAUGCUCGUGCAGCUAAAAUGUCUGCAGACAUAAUGAUUGAGCUGUACAAGAAGAAUAUUUGGAACGACGCUAAAACAGUAAAUGUUUUAGUAACAGGAUGUUUUUCAAAAAUAACCAAAGUAAUGGUGACUUGCUUGAAGUUCUUCUUGGGAUCUGACCCAGAUGGGAAAGAAGAGAACAGCAGCGACAGUGAAGAUGAUACUCCGGACUUGAAAGGAGUUAUAAUGGCCAAUAAGGUCAAUAAGAAAACUAAGAAACGUGAGAAGCAGCUGAAGAAAGCCAAGCAAUUGUUUGCUAAAUCGAAGAAUAAGAAGUCUAAAGCGCCACAAUUUAAUUUCUCAGCUCUUCAUUUGAUCCAUGACCCGCAAGGUUUCGCAGAGAAGCUUUUUGUGCGUCUGAAAAAAAAUAAUGAUCGGUUUGAAGUAAAGCUGAUGACUGUAGAGGUGAUUUCCCGAAUGAUAGGUCUUCACAAGCUGUUUUUGCUUAAUUUUUACCCAUAUUUAGCAAACUUCUUGCAACCUCAUCAACGAGAGGUCACAAAGUUACUCCAGUGUCUUGCUCAAGCUUCACAUGAGUUGGUACCACCGGAUGUAAUGGAGCCUGCUGUAAAAAAAGUGAUACACUUUUUUGUAAAUGAUUCUAAUUCUAGCGACGUUAUUGCUAUUGGAUUGAACGCAGUUCGCGAGAUCUGCUCUCGGUGUCCUCUUGUGAUGAGCGAAGACAUGCUCCAAGAUUUGGCGAUGUACAAAAAUCACAGGAUGAAGAGUGUUAUGAUGGCUGCGAGGUCGCUCAUUUCACUGUUUAGGGUCACGAUGCCAGAGUUGUUGCACAAAAGGGAUCGUGGAAAGCCUACGGAAGCUACUGUUGCUUUGGAACCUCUUCAGUAUGGGCAGGUUGAUGCUAAAGACUUUGUUCCAGGUGCUGAAAUUCUUUUGAAUCCGGCUAAGGAGCACAGUGAUGAUAGUGACUUUAGCGAUGAUGAUGAUGAAGAUGAUGAUAGUGAGGGAGAGUGGGUGGAUGUUAGUCAUGAUGAAGAUGAUGAUGUUGGUGAUGAUGAUGAUGAUGAUGAUGAUGAUGGUGAAAGUGAGGAAGAUGAUGAUGAUGAUGAUGAUGAUGAUAGUGAAGCUAGUGAAGAAGAUGAUGAGGAAAAAAAUAAUGAAAAAAAAUCAGUAAAGAAUAAUACUGAAGAAAAAUCUUUAGUUACUAACAAAGAUAGUGGGCCCAAGAGAAGAAAAAUAGAAAAACCUAAAAAAAGAACGAAACUAGAUAGAAAAAGAGAUAAACAAGAAAGACUUGCUAGAAUGAAGAAAGCUAAAAAAGAAGAAUUUACGGCUGAAAAAAAAGAAAAAGCUGCGCAGAUUUCUCUUGAAAAAAUAUUGACUGAUGAAGAUUUCAAAAGGAUUGAUGCAGCUUUGAUCAAGCAGCAAGUAACUGCUGCCAAGCGGGGAACUAAAAGACCUUUAGUUGAAGAACCUAAGGGUGAAUUAGAAGGAAGAUCGGACAGAGAGAAAUUCGGGUACAAAGACGGUCGUCAAAAUCCGCUUUGUAGUAAGACGAAUCGCGAGAAGAAGAAGACAAAGGCUUUCCAGAUGAUCAAGCACAAGAUGAGAGGUAAAGUUAAGCGGUCCUUCAAAGAUAAGCAAGCGGCGUUGAGGAACCACUUGAUUCAUCAGAAGAAAAUGAAAUAA